GCGGCGGGGGAGCGCUAGUCCGACUCGCAUGCACUGGCCAUGCCGGCUGGCUGUGCAGCCUGGCCGGGGCGGGGAGCGCUGAUCCCCUCGGCUGCGCCCUGACUCUGCAGCGGCGGAAGAGAGGGAGCUGUUGCCUUUUGCGAGGUAUGGGCUGCUGCUGUUCAGCUGGAGGCUCGCGUCUCCUGCGGGCCGUACAGCCCCUGUGCGGAGUCGGCUCCGGCUGCGCUGCGGGGCAUGAGCAGGGGCUUGCCUGAGCGCGCAACUUAUCCCGGACUCUGUACUGAGUUGCCCAGCAAAGUGCAUCCUCUCCUGGGAGCGCUGCAGAGAGACCGGCCUGGCCGCUGCCUCCGGCCCUGCCGGGGAUGCGCUCUGCGGAGAGCACCGCUGGCCAACGGGCAGCCCCCGAGCACCUGGAGACCCUGUGAGCGGGGCCGCUGCCCUCUUGCUGCCUCCGCCUUUGCUGCGUCCUGCUUUUCCCAGCAACGGUCUCUGGUGCCCUGUACAGGAUGCCGCUUGCCGGGGGCAGCGCGCUGCAGCCCCCUGGAGGGGCUCGCUCGCUCAGCCCCGCCGCCCUGUCCCGCAGUUUGUCCCGCCUGCGCGAGUAUCGGACCCGCUCCCGGAUCAUGCUGUCCCUGGGGGUCACCCAGAUGGUGCUCGGAUGCCUCAUCGUGGCCGUCAGCUUCGCUGCCCUGGCUCUCACCACCUCGGCCAGGGUCCGGCACUCCUGUCCCUUCUGGGCCGGCUUCUCGGUGCUGUUGUCAGGACUGAUUGGCGUUGUCUCAUGGAAAAGGCCUCUCUCACUUGUGAUAACCUUUUUCAUGCUACUGUCUGCAGUGUGUGUAAUGUUGAACUUGGCUGGUUCCAUUCUCUCAUGUCAGAAUGCUCAGCUGGUAAACUCCCUGGAAGGCUGUCAGUUGAUUAAAUUUGACAGUGAUGGUGUCUGUGUUUGCUGUGAAAUGCAGCAUCAAACAUCGGGCUGCAGCAACCUUGGAGAAACGCUGAAACUGAACCCACUGCAGGAGUGUAAUGUUGUGAGGCUGACCCUAAAGGAUCUGUUGUUCAGCGUGUGUGCUCUCAAUAUCAUCUCCACAAUUGUCUGUGCUUUGGCAACUGCAAUGUGCUGCAUGCAGAUGGUUUCUUCUGAUGUUUUGCAAAUGUUUCUGCCACAGAGGUCACAUUCCACCAACCCAGACUGUAUGACUCCCCAUGGAACUAUUCUGCAUCAGACCCUGGACUUUGAUGAGUUCAUACCUCCAAUACCACCACCACCCUAUUACCCACCUGAAUAUACCUGCGCACCUGUGAUGGAAGCACAGAGAGGUCUCCAUUUGGACUUUCCUCAUUCCCCCUUCAGUGCUUUAUAUGAGGUCACCAUUAACAGCCCAGGAAUGCUAUAUCCAACGGAGCUGCCCCCUCCUUAUGAAGCUGUUAUUGGACAGACCCCUGCUAGUCAGAUCACCGGUACAGCUCAGCAAGUGACUGAAUCCAGUUUGGGUGAGAGAAACAUGACAGCCGGCUUUAGCACACAAGUGUCUGUUGACAGUACCUCUCUUAUGGUCUCUGAGGUUGCUGAUAUCCCAGAUCAUAGUUACUCUUCAGAGGAUCUUUAUUCUCUGGAAGUUCAGGGGUCUCUUCGUUCCACAGACUUUUCUCCGUACAGUACAACCCACAAAGGCACCACAAACAGGAGCUGCACCAGUUUGGAUCACAGCAUUCGCUCUGGGUUUCACAGGACUAACUCUCAAUGUUCCCCUGAUGAGGAUGGGAGUUCCCGCAGCAGAGCCUCUAUGGACAGGUCUCAAGGCCAGGAAUAUGAGAACUAUGUUCAUGGCAGAGCCUCAGACUGCUCCUCAGAGAAUUUCAGCCCAUCAGAAAGAGAAUCCCAGAGCUCUGUUAGAGAAAACAAAGCCACGCCACCCUUGAAACAAGUGAAAAUAUGUUGUGGGGUCUUUAACCAGCCUGCUGCUGUACACUCUCAGCCCUCUCCCUGUUCUGUGCCUGCAAGUACUUCAUCACACUAUGGCUGCCCCGAGAGAACUGCCCAGCAGCAUUGCAUUAGAAAAUACGGCAUUCCAAACAUAGUCCGGUCUACUAGUGACCCUGUAUCAUGUUCAUCCAGCACAGAAGUUCCCGUUUGUAGUUCUCAUGUGGCUGCCUCUGCUUGCCAGGACUCUGUAAGCCGUUUCCCACCCACUGGAAAACAAAGAGAGACAAGGAAAAUUGACCUACAGUUAAAGCCAAAGGCCUUCAACACAAUCUCCAAAGAGCGACCGCACUCUUUAGUAGACCUUAAGGCCUAUAAAGACACAAAAAUUUUGGUGGCUAAAUUUUUGGAACAUUCAAAUUGUAAUCUCCCUCCAGAAGUGCGUCACGUUGUGAACAGCAUAAGAUCUGUAAUCAAAUCAGAUGAAAGACACAUGGAAGAAGCCAUCUUCAGUGCCAACAUUAUAGACCAGGUAAUUACAAGUUCCCAGCAGAAUGUGAAUACCUCUAGAAAACGACUUCAAGAAGAUCUUCACCUUCAGAGUUGUGGUGCUCUAAGUUCUCCAGUUGCCUUCUUACGCAGGUCCCACAUCACUCGCAGUUUAGAGCGGGACAGGCCACACAGUUUGAUUGGAGUUUGCCGGGAGACAAUCCUUUGACAACAGUUUACAGGUAUGCAGAAAAGCUGAUUCCAGCAAAGAGAAGAGUCCAGCACACAGAGAAAUGCAAAUAAUGGAUGGCUUAGAAAGGAAAAAAAAGUGUCUUCCUUUUGGAAUUCCACUUUCUACUUAAUAGUAGAAGAACAUCACUCUUUUUCUGAAUGUAAAUUUUUAAGCCCUGCAUUUUGCAAAAUUUAAAGGGUUAUUGUUAAACUUGUAACAAAUGUUUUCCCAAACAGACAUGCAUUGAUUUGAACAUAUUGAUGGAGAUGCUGCUGCCAUGCAGCAUUUCCUGAAAACCAUCACCAAGAGACUUUUUGUACAACUUAUAAGUUGCAUUUAUUUAAUGUACCUCAAUGGGUUUUAAUUAUCAUCAGUGUUUUAAUAAAAAGUAUUUCUGGA